CCAGUGAGUGCUCCGAACUUCGCUGUCUAAAUGAACGGAGGAACUCGAGGUCCCGUGGGAGAUGCUGGGUGUGUCAUGGUGGGAGUGAACAGAGGACUGGCCAUCCUAGAACGAGCUUCCGAGGAGGAUCACAGCCUGCUUUUGGAUCCUGGCACCUGCCUCCGAGGAUGCCACCUGUUGGUAACAUGACAUCGGAGGGUUGGUACAGUAGGCUUCACUAGACUUAGCUGCAACUCAGAAUUUCUCCUCCCGCACCCGAGCAAAUGCUGACGGUCUGGUGAGAGUGGAUUAAGAGUACGAGCUAAGUUCUCAAUCCCAGUUAAGAAGCGGAGGAAAAUUUAAACUGUCUCCUUCCACGUUUAUCACAACACCACCAUCAAGACAGCAAACCAAAGGACAAAGACUGGCCUGCCCUGUUGCUCUGUAGUCCAGGUCACGUGCGGUUUACAGCCUUGGCUGGCUCACUAAUGAGUAAAUAAAAAGGCGGACACUUCUGUUACCGGACACGUUUACUCACAGAGUCCCCAGAAUGAGGGCUGUGCUGGAGACAGCAGACAUUGCCAUCGUGGCCCUGUACUUUGUCCUGGUCCUGUGCAUUGGUUUCUUUGCCAUGUGGAAGUCUAACAGGAGCACCGUGAGUGGGUACUUCCUGGCUGGGCGCUCGAUGACCUGGGUAGCGAUCGGUGCCUCUCUGUUUGUGAGCAACAUUGGGAGUGAGCACUUCAUUGGGCUGGCGGGAUCUGGAGCUGCAAGUGGAUUUGCAGUCGGUGCCUGGGAGUUCAAUGCCUUACUGCUGUUGCAACUUCUGGGAUGGGUUUUCGUCCCCAUUUACAUCCGGUCGGGGGUAUACACCAUGCCUGAGUACUUGUCCAAGCGGUUCGGUGGCCAUAGGAUUCAGGUCUAUUUUGCAGCCUUGUCUCUGAUUCUCUAUAUCUUCACCAAGCUCUCAGUGGAUCUGUAUUCGGGCGCCCUCUUUAUCCAGGAGUCUUUGGGUUGGAACCUGUAUGUGUCUGUCAUCCUGCUCAUUGGCAUGACCGCCUUGCUGACUGUCACCGGAGGCCUCGUGGCGGUGAUCUACACAGACACGCUCCAGGCGCUGCUCAUGAUCGUGGGGGCCCUCACACUUAUGGUUAUUAGCAUGAUGGAGGUUGGCGGGUUUGAGGAAGUUAAGAGAAGGUACAUGUUGGCCUCACCCAAUGUCACUUCCAUCCUGUUGACAUACAACCUUUCCAACACAAAUUCUUGUAAAGUCCACCCGAAGAAGAAUGCGCUGAAAAUGUUGCGGAGUCCGACAGACGAAGACGUGCCUUGGCCGGGAUUCCUUCUCGGCCAGACCCCAGCUUCCGUGUGGUACUGGUGCGCCGACCAGGUCAUCGUGCAGAGGGUCCUGGCAGCUAAAAACAUCGCGCACGCCAAAGGCUCCACUCUGAUGGCCGGCUUCCUGAAGCUUCUGCCCAUGUUUAUCAUUGUGGUCCCAGGCAUGAUUUCCAGGAUACUGUUUGCGGAUGACAUAGCUUGCAUCAACCCGGAGCACUGCAUGCAGGUGUGUGGGAGCAGAGCCGGGUGCUCCAAUAUCGCGUACCCGCGCCUGGUGAUGAACCUGGUCCCCGUGGGCCUCCGGGGCCUGAUGAUGGCGGUGAUGAUCGCAGCGCUGAUGAGUGACUUGGACUCCAUCUUUAACAGCGCCAGCACCAUCUUCACCCUGGACGUGUACAAACUCGUCCGCAAGAACGCCGGCUCCCGGGAGCUGAUGAUCGUGGGGAGGGUAUUUGUGGCUUUCAUGGUGGCGAUCAGCAUCGCCUGGGUGCCCAUCAUCGUGGAGAUGCAAGGAGGCCAGAUGUACCUCUACAUUCAGGAGGUGGCAGAUUACCUGACGCCCCCCGUUGCGGCCCUGUUCCUUCUGGCAAUUUUCUGGAAGCGCUGCAACGAACAGGGGGCUUUCUAUGGUGGAGUGGCUGGCUUUGUUCUCGGAGCCGUGCGCCUAAUCCUAGCCUUCACCUACCGGGCCCCGGAGUGCGACCAGCCCGACAACAGGCCCGGCUUCAUCAAAGACAUUCACUACAUGUACGUGGCCACAGCGCUGUUUUGGGUCACGGGGCUCAUUACUGUGAUUGUGAGCCUCCUCACGGCCCCGCCCACGAAGGAACAAAUCCGUACCACCACCUUCUGGUCGAAGAAGAGCGUGGUGGUGGAGGAGAGCUGCUCCCCGAAAGACGAGCCAUACAAAAUGCAGGAGAAGAGCAUCCUGAGAUGCAGUGAGAACAGUGAGCCCAUCACCCACAUCAUUCCCAACGGGAAAUCGGAAGAUAGCAUCAAGGGCCUUCAGCCUGAAGACGUGAAUCUCCUGGGGCCCUGCAGAGAGGAGGGCCCCCCCGCGGCUUCCUUAGGGCAUUCAGAGGCAGAAACACCAGUGGAUGCUUAUUCCAAUGGGCAGGCAGCGCUCAUGGGGGAAAAAGAGAGAAAGAAAGAAGCAGAGGCUGGAGGUCGCUGCUGCAAGUUAAUAGAUUGGUUCUGCGGCUUUAAAAGUAAGAGCCUCAGCAAGAGGAGUCUCAGAGACCUGGCGGAGGAGGAGGAGGCCGUCUGUUUGCAGAUGUUGGAAGAGCCGCCACACAUUAAACUGAUACUGGAUAUUGGGCUUUUUGCUGUGUGUUCGCUUGGAAUUUUCAUGUUUGUUUAUUUUUCCUUAUGAACUCCUAAGGACAUGGUGAGACGGUAACUUAAGAAAAUACUGGUCUUUGGAAAAAAAACUUACGUAACUGUUGCAUCUUUCAGGCAUUGUUUACGCUGUAGGUUUUAGCCAAUUUUUACUUAGCAGAACAUCAUCUAUUUGCAAGACUUCAUUUCCCCAGAGACGGAUGAAAGUAAAUUUUAACCUAAAUGAAGCAAAGCUUGUUUAAUAGACUGAAUUGUGCAAAUAUGGUUUAAAAUUUUUCAUACCAAAGUAAGACCGAUUAUUCUCACAGAACACCCAGAGCAGAUCUAAGCUGUCGCGAGAAAGUGAACUGUCUACACUGCCAGGUCCUGGCAGGUCUUAACCUGAAGUAGAAGACUUGCUCAUUUCCCAGUGUUUUCCUGUCUCUGUAAUCCCUACUACCAUUUUUUAAAAAUGUGCACUUGUAGACAUUGUAUAAUCAAUUAUGUGCUGAAAGUCUAACUUAUGUGCUAGUGAGGUGCUUGUUUCAGGACAAGUUAGUUAGCUGCCAGGUUCAUUGGGUUAGCAUGAGCCUAUGGAUUCUGAUUGCCAAAAGGAAGGAAGAAUGUCUUUCUGUAGCUGUUCCUGUACCACCGGGGUAUGCAGUGGUGGGGGAAAGUUUGUUCAGUUCCUUUCUCCCCACUUUGAAUUUUAGUGAACCAUACUCAGAUGACCACCAAGUCUGUCUUCAUAUACAGUUGUAUGUCAUUAUUGUAUGUUUAAGUGGUUAUGGGGGGAAGAUGAAGUAAACAUUGCUGAUGACCUCCACGUUCAUUGGCCAAAUUCAGGUGGUUCAUAUUGUUGGGGAGUUUUGCAGCCCCCAAGCCGUGUUUGAUCAGCUUGAGCUAAGCAGGCGAUUGCUUGUACUCCACUAAUCCUCUAGGUAUGUUCUUGGCGUUGGGUGACGUUCUUUCUUAGCCAAUGCCUUCCCAAGUAGAUCCAGUUGGAAGUUAUGUUCAGAAAUUGGAAGAAAAAUGGACACUGCCUUUGUGCUGGGUUGCCCUGCUUGAUCAGAUCACAGAUACACUGAGGUUGUUAAGGCUUUAGAGGGAGAAUUUAAUUCUGAGAUCAUAUUGUAUUCUUGAUAAGUGUUUUUCUUGAUACACCUUUUCAAAAGACUUAC